AUGUUGGUCAGCUUAUUAUACUUGUCUUUAUGGGCUGCUCUCCAGGCCUUUGCCCUCCCGGCGUCGUCGAAUUCGUCAUGCUCGGCUACUCAACCAGCGCAUACCCGUCCUCGGGUCCUGAUCCUCACUGAUAUCGCCAAUGAGCCGGAUGAUGCCGAAUCUCUUGUCCGUCUCUUGGUCUACUCCCACCAAUUCCGUCUCCAAGGAUUCGUUGCGACCACAAGUUACUGGCUCAACUCCUCGACCCACGAGGAUCAGAUCAUCGACACCCUAAAGGUUUACGGCAAUGUCUUGCCUAACCUAAAGGCUCAUGCCGAUGGCUGGCCCGAGGCCGACUUCCUGAUCAACAAUACCAAGGCUGGUCUUCCUGUCUAUGGAAUGGACGGUGUGGGUGAGGGCAAGGACAAUGAUGGUUCGGAGCUGCUGAUCCGCACUGUUGAUGCAUCGGAUGAAACACUCUGGGUGCCCUGCUGGGGUGGUACAGCGGUUCUGGCGCAGGCACUGUGGAAAGUUAAUGCUACCAGAAGCGCGGACGAGAUUGAAAGGUUCGUCCGCAAACUGCGGGUGUAUGCUGUUUCGGACCAAGACAACACAGGACCCUGGAUCCGGCGUCAUUGGCCGCAGUUGUUCUACAUCGCCAGUGUUCACCAAUUCAAUAUAUAUGCUCUUGCAGCAUGGUCAGGCAUAUCCGGUGAGGACUACUACUAUUUCGAGCACACUGGCGCCAAUACUUCGUCAGUCUCGAAGGAGUGGGUCAAAGAACAUAUCCAGGAUGUCGGGGAGUUGGGUGCGCAGUACCCAGAAUUUGACUACAUCCCGGAGGGCGAUACACCAACUUUCCUCUACCUUAUCCAGAAUGGCCUCUCCGACAUCGAACACCCAGAAUGGGGCUCCUGGGGUGGUCGUUACGGACCUGUAUGUUAUGGUGAAGGCCAUUACGCCGACACAGCAGACCUCAUCACCGGCCCCGACGGCAUCAGACGAUCCUCAUCACAAGCCACCAUCUGGCGUUGGCGCUCCGCCUACCAAGCUGAUUUUGCGGCUCGCAUGCAAUGGUCCAACACGGAUCAGUUCAAAGACGCUAACCAUGCCCCGGUAGCUGUCGUCAACCAGCAUUGUGGAUUGGCUCCGGUCGAGAUUACCAUGCGACCUAACCAGACGAUCCGGUUGAAUGCCGGUACGUCUUAUGACCCGGAUGGCGAUCAACUGUCGUUCAAGUGGUGGCAGUAUGUUGACCCGUCGGACACGGAGUGGCCCCCAUCAACCGAUGCCUUGUCGUUGAAGAUCCGGGGCUCGUCAUCUCCAAAUCCAACAAUCACUCUUCCAUCGGAAAACACGCUGUGGCAGGCCGGUGGAGCGCGCGGUGACCAUUUAGAGAGAGCAUUGCAUUUGAUUUUGGAAGUCAGUGAUGGGGCCUUGGUUUCGUACAGACGGAUUCUGGUCAAGUUCAACAUUACUCGUCCGGCAUAG